AUGCUGGAGGCCGAGCGGGCCAUCUCCGGUCGGCGCCGGGAGGCCCUGGCCGGGUCGCACGCCGCCGGGCCCGACACCUCCCAUGCCCUGGGCCCGGCGGUCCUCGGCACGGGGGUGGACCUGUCGGCCGGGGCCCUGGCCGUGGCCCGGCGAAAUGCCUUCCGCCUGGGGCUCGGCCACCGGUGCACCUUCCUCCAGUCGGAUUGGCUGGCUCGCCUGGGUGCCGGCCCAGCUGGCAGCCCCCCGAGCCCGGGGUACGACCUGCUCCUGUGCAACCCGCCGUACAUCCCCCCGGGGGACAUCGCCACCGGCCGGGUGCAGGCAUCGGUCUGGCGCCAUGAGCCGGCGUCGGCCCUGUUUCCCAACCCGCUCCCGGGCCGGGCGGCCCCGGUGCCGGAGGCACCGGCGGAGAACGAUGCCCAUGACGAUGAUGGCCUGGAUGCGGUCCGGCGCAUUGCGGCCGCGCGGCCGGGCCGGUGGCUGGCCCCUCCGCGCAGGGCCCUCCCUCCGGCGGCCACGCUGGCGGACAUCCACCGCGCCGGGGCCGGGGUCCUGCUGCUGGAGAUCGGCGAGGGCCAGGCCGCCACCGCGCGGGACAUCCUGCUCGCGGCCGAUCCGAGCCUGGCCCCGGUCCCCGGGGUCGGCAUGCUGGCCGGGGCCGGGGCCUUCGGCGGCGGGGCGGCCAUGGUCGCGGCCGCCGGCCCGGGCAUCGUCAUCGACUAUGGUCACAUCCCGCGCCUUGUGGCCCUCUACCGACGCCGGCCCUGA